CAACGCUGGCUCUGCUCUGCUCUGUUGCGUGCUGUUAGUCGCGCCUUUGCCAUAGUCGUCUGGUUUGUACCCUUACGCUUACCCUGCGCACUUACGCUUCCUCUCCUCACUCUUGAUCCUAUUCCCAUGCUUCCAGGUCCGUCCAACUCACGCUUCCUAGCUCUUGUCUGGUCAAAUCGCAACUUAACUUCUCGCUUCUUGUCGUUCCCACCUGCUGAGUGCCAACCUCCCUCCCGAGCCAGUGUUCGUAAGUGCCUCGAGCUGAUCGAAGUUUCCGUUUCUUUCUUUCGUCCUUCACCCUUACGCUUCGUCGAUGUUGACGCUGAUACUGUCUCUUCAUACCCUCGCGUUUACGCUUCGGUCUUUUCUCCUCCCAUGCGUCGGUUCCCAUACGUCUACGCCUUCUAUUCCAGGAUCAAACGAAAUCGCAAACUCCCGGCUGAGUCCCACAGAGCGCGCCAAGUUGAAGGUCACUUGCCCACGUUGCCCACGCCCUUAAGGAGCGUUAAACUACUUUCUUCUGCUAUUCUUUGGUCGUCGAGCUUUCGAAUUUAUUUCUUGUCCUCCGCCCUUGCGCUUACCCGACGCUUACAAUGCUCGCCUGCCUACACUCAUCCAACACCUACCCGACGCUACCUCUCCCUACACUCGCCUUUAUGCCUACGCUUCCAAACCCGCCUUACUGACGCUUCUUCACCCCUCCUUCGACCGUUCACCCUAUCGGCAUUUAGCUGCGCACUUCUCAGCAACACCCCUGGUAGACGCGUCAAGCUGCGCCAAACUCUCCGAGAGCGCUGA